AGUAUGAAAAUUCAUCCGUCUCAACAGCUACAUCCCCAACUGGACGCACCGGGUCGGUCGUUUGCGGAGAAAGAUUCUGUUUCAUAUUCUUGUUUAGUUCUGUUACCAAAAGACAACAGUAUGACUACCAGCAACGAUCAUUCGAUUACGCUACAAGGUUCAGCGGCAAUCAUACACGAGUAUCUGAAGUACAGCAUCAACUCGAUCAUAUUUCAACGGGGCAUCUAUCCAUCAUGCGAUUUCCUGCAGGAGGAGUACAACGGCAUACCGAUGAUGGUUUCGCGCGAUGAUCGGAUCAAAACAUACAUCGAUAAUAUGAUUGGCAAAGUGCAAGAUUUGAUAAUGAAAAAGAUGAUCACGAAAGUAACCGUGUGUAUCAUUACGGUGGCGAAGCAGGAAAUCAUCGAGCGUUGGGAUUUCAACAUAACGCCCCAGUACGAUGAUGAUGACGCCGGGGGUGAGCACGGCACGGUGGCACCGACCGCCAACAAACCGCUGGCAAAGAUACAGAAGGAGAUACGUGACGUUAUGCGACAGAUUAUUGCUACCAUCAGCUUCCUGCCCUGUCUGGAGGAGCGCUGCAGCUUCGACAUUAUGCUGCACACAGCGUCGAACGUCUUCGAGGAGAUGCCCGUCAUGUGCAAGGACUUCCUGGAGGAGGACAUCGAGAGUAUUGAGAUCGCGAAUGCGCAAACGGUGCAGCUGAAAGCGUUCAGUACCGGCGUGAACCAGGUCGACACGAAGGUGGUUUAUCGAACGUUUGACGGUUGAUAAACUGCGCGAGCUGCAUUUUCUUUAUGUAUUUUUUUGUUCUGCUUCUUUUUUUUCAAGUAUUCGUUUAAAACAUUAACCAUUAAGUGAUGUGAACCUAUGACCCGUGUUUUUGAUGCGGAAGUAUUCGUUUAAAACACUAACCAUUAACCGGAUGUGAAUUAUAAAACCUAAAAGAGGAAUAAAACAAACGACUUAGCAUUGUA